GCAGUGCCGCGCUAACCGCCAACGGUAACGCUUGUCACGUUAUUAUCUUGAUACUAAUCAAAUACGCGACUAACUUUUGAAAAGUUUAACAGUAACGAAUCCGUUUAAAAGUCGAAUAUCGAAAUAAACAGUGUUGUGAAACAGUGUGGCGUUUUAGCAACAACGCCGGUACGACGCGUAGCGUCAAAAACUUUCGUCGGCAAGUUUCAAAUGGUCCUCUGCAAUAAUUAGUUUGGUAAAAGUGAGUGUGUGUGCUGUGGACGCUUGAUGGUUUAAUUAUUAGAACUCGAAUUGGCGUUUGUUUGUAUUUAUUCGUGCUCACGACUGUCUGGAAUUACAAAUGAUCAAGUUGGAGGCCCCCGAAGUGCACAUGUCGCUACCCAUGCCGCCACGAGCACCGGACCCCGCCGCACUAGCGGCGUACUGGGCGGAGUAUGAGGAUCUCUGCCGGCAGAUCAGCACGGCACACCAUAAUGAUGACGAGGAAAACCAUUACGAAGAAGGCGAAUUGGAAACGGAAUGGCUCCAAGCCGCUGGUCUCGGCUCGUUGGCAGCACCGUUCCAGGCGGGCCUCGAGGUCACCGAGGCUCAGCUGGGAGAAGCCGUGCGGCCUUUGCCCCGGGAACAGGCCGCUGCUGUGCGCAGGAGAGUGAGGCGACUCAACCGGACCGUCAGGAGGCGACGUGCUGCUUCACGGGCCAAGAAACCUGACAUUAGAGAUGUCUUUAGGGACUUAGAGAAUUCGAGCGGCAGUGAGCCUCGGUCGCGCAGUGCGACUCCUGACUCGCUGGACUCGCUGCCAAGUGGAGGCUCCGGUAGCCCACCCACUGAGUGGGCUGACAGCGCUACGCCACCUGACUUUGUCGACAGCUACCCCGCGGGCACGCACGCGCCUAUCGCGCGCACUCCGUCUGCGCCCGCGUCCCGGCGUACGCGCCUCUCCCCGCCCGGCCCGCACUCACCGCACUCCCCUCCGCGUCCCGUGCACGAGCUCUUUAAACCAAAUGAUCUGCACUGGGCUGACAUUGCCUCCAAUACCGAGGGUAUUGAACUUUUGGGUUAUCAAAGAUACGGGACAGUCCAGGGGCCGAGGAUAGGCAAGGAACGCAUUAAUGGGUCCAUUUUAAAGGAGAAUGAUCUUUUUAUGAAUCACGCACCGGUUUCACGCACUAAGAGCGCUGCGUCUGCGCAACAGCCGUUAAGUUUCGAGCAUAAGUUCAAUCUGGAUCGUCAGAUGAUAGACCAUGAAGAGGAAUGGCCAGAACCGGAUAGCACAGUGGACAUCGAGACAGUCGGCGAACCGCAGUUGAAGAAGUUACAGCCGUUACUCUGGCUCGAACUGACGGCCCUCUUCGACAGAUACUCGCUGCCUUUCCACAAGAGGAAAACGCCGAAAAAGAAGCGAAAGGAAGAAGGCACAGUAUUCGGUGUCGCAUUAGAAACUCUUCUCCGCAAAGACAUGAUCCUGUGGGAGGAGACAUGGAGCUCGGUUCCGUCAGUUCUGCGAGCGCUUUCGUCUGCUCUGCGCGCGAGAACUAAAGACGAGGGAUUACUACGAGUCCCUGGAAACAAACAUAAGGUGGAGGCGCUGGUGGCGCUGGUGGAGCGGCAGUGGUACGCCGACCGCGCGGGCGUGGAGGCGGCGCUGCGCCGCGCGCCCGGGCACGACCUCGCCGCCGUGUUCAAGCGCCUGCUGCGCGCGCUGCCGCAGCCGCCGCUCACGCAGGAGCUCAUGCGCCUGUUCUACCACACCUACGCUCUAUCUGGCACGACCCAGGGUCGCGCUCUGAACCUGCUGGUGCUGCUGCUGCCGGCGGAGCAGCGCGCCACGCUGCGGGAGAUUCUGCGCCUCGUGCGAGAGAUCGUGGCCAUGAGUGAAACUAACAAGAUGAGCGAGCAUAACGUCGCCAUGAUCAUCGCGCCCACGCUGUUUCCACCCAGUUUCCUGAUCAAGGCGUCGGACAGCCUGGAGACGCAGCUAGCGACGGCGGCGAACAGCUGCCACGUGACGGAGGCGCUCAUGCGCUGGUGCGAGCAGCUGUGGAUCGUGCCCAACGCGCUGCUGGCCGCCGCGCGCCGCAAGCCGCCGCCGCACCGCCGCCCGCAGCACACGUGAGCGCCCGACGCACGCACGCGCGCCUGCAGCACAACGGAGCGCCCGCAGCACGCACGAGCUCUCGUAGCACAACGGAGCGCCCGCAGCACACCGGAGCGCCUGCAGCAUUAUGGAGCGCCCGCAGCACACCGGAGCGCCUGCAGCAUUAUGGAGCGCCUGCAGCACAACGGAGCGCCCGCAGCACGCACGAGCUCUCGUAGCACAACGGAGCGCCCGCAGCACACCGGAGCGCCUGCAGCAUUAUGGAGCGCCCGCAGCACACCGGAGCGCCCGCAGCAUUAUGGAGCGCCCGCAGCACACCGGAGCGCCCGCAGCACACCGGAGCCCGGCGCCCCGACGUGCUGCGCCGCCGCGUCCCGGACGGCGACGAGUGAUAUCGUUGUUUAAUAGAUGCAUAUACUCUGUGUUAAUUUAACCGUUAACGCAUUUAGUGUGGUAUACGACAUGUGAAUGAGAUGCCAAAUAUGAUAUAUCUAUUUUCGAUCGGUGUUAUUUAGUACUAUCGAUAAUUUUAUUCCAGUUUUUUUUUUGAGGCUGUACCUUAGUUUAGGAUUUUAAUAGAGUGUGGUGCCAUGUGAUCGUCGGACGCGUUACCACUUGUAAGAAUUCGGUUGUAGAGAUGGUGCCUUAUAUAGCAUGAUAUUUUACUUAAUUUACUCACAAUGCUUGUUUAUCCUUAAUAUAUGAAUUGUAAAUAAUAAAAUGUAUAAAUAUCAUACCAAUUGACUAGGCAAGCAAAGACUGACUUGUAUUAUCUUAUGUAUAUGUUACUCAUAAGUGUAUUUACUUCACAAAUAAAAACGUAUUAUUCAAA